GCCGUGAUUGGUUGGAUGUUAUGGCUUUGAAGAGGAAGAAGCUACUCGUGUUUCCCUUAGCAUAGAGGGAAGUUAUUGUUAGUGCAAUGAGCAAUGGGCUUUAUCCAGGUUGUACAUGAGUACGGCCUCACCAAGCUGGUAUUUGUUUUGCUUUGCGUUUUAUUGCAAAGCGAGGCUUCCUACGAGUUGAAUUAUGUAACCUGCGGAUCUGUGGUAAAACUACUGAACACCCGGCACAACGUUAGACUCCACUCGCACGAUGUGAAAUACGGUUCAGGAAGUGGUCAGCAGUCGGUGACCGGGGUUGAGUCUGCAGACGAUGCUAACAGCUACUGGCGGAUCCGUGGGAAGCCAAACCAUGAAUGCCAGCGCGGGGCGCCAAUCAAAUGCGGCCAGGCCAUCAGACUGACACACAUGAGUACCGGGAGGAACCUGCACAGCCACGACUUUGUUUCACCACUGUCAGGCAACCAGGAAGUGAGUGCCUUCGGGGAGAGCGGGGAAGGAGACGACUUGGAUGUAUGGGCAGUGCAGUGCAGUGGGACGUACUGGGAGCGGGAUGAUGGAGUGCGCUUCAAACACAGCGCCACAGACGUGUUCCUGAGCAUCACCGGGGAGCAGUACGGGCACCCCAUCAGAGGGCAGAAGGAGGUCCAUGGCAUGCAGGGAGCCAAUUCCAACAGUCAGUGGAAGACCAUGGAGGGCGUGUUCAUCAAACCCAGCAAUGAGCCUCUGAGGCACGAUGAGCUGUGAGCUGGUCUACGGUGUGUUCAACCAGGAAGGGACUCUUCACCAUGUCCGCAAGUGUGAAGGCUUUUCAGAAUUUCCCAGCCAUUUUCAGGCCUACAGUGUAGAAAGAUUGAUGUGAUGCUUCCUGUAGCACACACUUCUGUUAUUUAUAAUGCUCGGGAGUUACUGGGGUGAAUUUGACUUUGUGUUGUUUUUUUGUUUUUCUUUUGUUAUUGUUAAGGCUGUAUAGGUUGAAAAAGUUUCAGAGAAUUUAAAUAAUUCAGAAUCACUCUAAUCAAAUAUUGUAUGUGAAAAUCAAUGUACAAUUUGAAAUACAAAAGUGAAAUAUAAAGAAGAUUAUGAAUCCUAAAUCAAGUAUAGUUUUUAUUGAAAAAAAUAACUGCUUAAAAGGUAAACGACCGUUUUACAUUUUGUUUGUUUUUGGUUUUUUUUUUUUGCGUUCUGCUGUAAAGAAAUUAAUUGCAAAGGUAUAAACAGCAGUGGCUUUGAAUACUGCCUUCACUGGAAAGCUGUAUCAAAUUGAAUUUCCACCUGGUUCAAAGUAAAACCUGGACUGGAACCUCCCUCCAGGACCAUCCACCUCUCAGCUUCAGUGGUGCUGUUCUCAAAUGAUGUACAGCAGUAACUGUAGUUGCUUUGGGUGACCACUAGGUUGCCUGUCUCAGGUAAGCAUCCGUGCACCCUGAAAGGGUUUAAUCAGUAGAACAGUUACCGAUAUAUGAGUAUACCUUGACGACUUUUUUAUUUUUAUAUUUUAAUAUAAAAGUUUACUUGUUUGUCUGUGAAUCUCAAUAAUAAAACCUUGGCUGGUUAAGCGCAAGAUGCUUGUGAAUUUGAUA